CUCCUUCCUCCUCCUCCCUCUCGGUUGCACUUGUACCGGGCAGCUAGCAGUGGCGUGGCGCAGCACUGAACCACCGACACCGGCGAGCACUUGUAUAAUUGCAACAACCGAGAUUAAUUUGUAAGAUAACCCGUUUAUUAAUAAAUAACCCGUAAACCAUGACUAGCUACCACAAACCCGACGAAAAAACUCUGCAGGGGUUGAAAGACGUCGCUAACAAGCUGAGAAUCAACUCCAUUAAGGCAACAUGCGCCUCCAACUCUGGUCACCCCACAUCAUGCUGCAGUGCUGCAGAGCUCAUGUCUGUACUGUUCUUCCACACCAUGCGCUAUAAAGCAGACGACCCUCGCAACCAGUGUAACGACCGCUUUGUGCUGUCGAAGGGUCAUGCUGCACCUGUGCUGUACGCUGCCUGGGCUGAGGCAGGUUACGUGAAUGAGAGUGACCUCGUCAACCUCCGCAAGAUUGACUGUGACCUGGAGGGGCACCCCACACCAAAACUGGCAUUCGUUGAUGUGGCGACAGGAUCUCUGGGACAGGGUCUCGGAGCUGCCUGUGGAAUGGCCUACACAGGGAAACACUUUGACAAAUCCAGCUACCGUGUGUACUGCAUGAUGGGUGAUGGAGAGUGUUCAGAGGGCUCAGUGUGGGAGGCCAUGGCCUUCGCAUCCUACUACCAGCUGGACAACCUUGUGGCCAUCAUGGAUGUCAACCGGCUCGGCCAGAGUGAGGCUGCACCCCUGCAGCAUGACAUGGAAACCUACCGCAAGCGCUGUGAGGCCUUUGGGUGGAACACGUAUGUUGUGGAUGGUCAUGAUGUGGAGGAACUGUGCAAAGCUUUCUGGCUGGCUCAGCAGGUAAAGGGUAAACCCACCUGCAUAGUCGCCAAGACAUUCAAGGGCAAAGGACUCAAAAAUAUUGAGGAUAUGGACAACUGGCAUGGAAAGCCCAUCCCUAAAGACAGAGUGGAUGACCUGCUGAAUGAUCUGCAGGCUCAGAUCCAGGUCCCCAACAAGGUCCUGUCCCCUGAGCUGCCUACUAUGGACGCAGCCCCUGCAGACCUUAGCUACAUCGCAAUGCCAUCACCCCCUGCUUACAAAAAGGGAGACAAGAUGGCCACGAGGAAGGCAUAUGGUCUGGCUCUAGCCAAGCUGGGUGAGGCAAGCCAGAGAGUGGUGGCCCUCGAUGGAGACACCAAAAACUCCACAUUUUCUGAGACCUUCAAGAAGGCCUUCCCUGAUCGCUACAUUGAGUGCUUCAUCGCUGAGCAGAACAUGGUAGGAGUUGCUAUUGGCUGUGCCACCCGUGACCGCACAGUUGCAUUUGCCAGCACAUUCGCUGCCUUCUUCUCCAGAGCCUAUGACCAGAUCCGUAUGGGAGCCAUAUCCCAGACCAAUGUCAACCUGGUAGGGUCCCACUGCGGUGUGUCGAUAGGUGAGGAUGGCCCUUCCCAGAUGGCCCUAGAGGACUUGGCUAUGUUCCGCGCUAUCCCAACAUGCACUGUGUUCUACCCCAGUGAUGCCGUGUCAACAGAGAGAGCUGUUGAGCUCGCAGCUAACACACAGGGUAUCUGUUUCAUCCGUACUAGCAGACCCGACACUGCUGUCAUCUACUCCCCUGAUGAGAAGCUUGAAGUGGGUGUAGCCAAGGUGGUUCGCCAGUCUGACAACGAUCAGGUGACAGUGAUUGGAGCCGGCGUUACCCUGCAUGAAGCCCUUGCUGCUGCUGACAUCUUGGCCAGUGAAGGUAAAAACAUCCGUGUGAUUGACCCGUUCACCAUCAAGCCCCUGGACGCCUCCACUAUCUUGACUUGUGCCAGAGCCACUGGAGGACAGAUCAUCACUGUGGAGGAUCACUACAAGGAGGGUGGUCUGGGCGAGGCAGUGCUGUCAGCAGUUGGCGGGGAGCCUGGCAUCGUCGUUACCCGACUGGCAGUGAGCGGCGUCCCACGCAGCGGAAAGCCCCAGGAGCUGCUGGACCUCUUCGGCAUCAGCGCCAAGCACAUUGCUAAUGCUGUGCGCCAGACAUUCGCAAACUAAAAAUCUACAUCGAUGCCCUGCUUGCUCUUUGGUUCAGUUCACAGCCACCUUACUGUCAACUGACAACCUCAAAGACUUGUAGCGCCAUCUUUCAACUUUAAUUUGAGUGUGAACCCUGACUGAUCGUGUUAUCUUAUCAUCACAGGCAGAGAAGUGGGGAGAGAAAAUGCUAAAUGCAAAGCCUACAGCGUUAAAAAAAAAAAAAAAAAAAAAAAUCUCCCCUGUAUGCACCUUCUAGCACCCUUUGCAAUUGGGUUCCAUCUGCUGACAUUCCUGAUGUAUUUUGUCCUCAAAGUGGGUUAAACUAAACACUGCAAUUUUGGCUCUGAUUAAUAUCCUACUAGCAGCCAGACAGUGAAGUGUUACCCCAAUUUGUUUCACAUUCCACCCAUGUUUCUGCAACACAAAUGUUUUUUCCCAUGGCUGGAACUCUGGCCUCGUUGCUUGAAAACUGUUACUGUUUCUCAUGAAUCUAAUGUACUAGAUCACUCAUGUUGUUGUGUUCAGUCAGCCUUUAUUGCUUGAAGUGUUUUGAGUGUUUCUUGAAUGAAUCACAAUGAACAUAAGUGUCACACGUUACUUACAUUCCAGCCCACCUGUGUUGUCCUACUAUUGGUGUGAAUAAAAAUAAUUCAUCAAAUAC